AUGCAGCAUUUCGCUCCGACUCCCCCAAAUCACGACCAGUAUCCAAGUUCAUCGCUUGCACAUACACCGCUGCUUCAGCCACCCGUCUCCAAGCAUCACUUUCGACAGAACAUCAACCCCAUGUUAAAGGUCGUCUCAUCAAAGAUUGUAAAAACAAUGCAAGAGGCCGAUGUCGUGAUUCUAGGCUUCAAGCAUUUCUUGGUAGACGAUGUGCUCAGUACUAAAGGGGUUAGGGAAGCAUUGGCCAACAAGCUCGUGAUAAGUCUAUUAGCCGACCCUGUUGUUGUGAAAGGCAUGCCGAAUAUGGGUGCGCAAUUCCGACAGUCGAUGACGGUCCUUGAGACACCGUUUGUGUCCCUCUCGGCUGAGAAUGCUGAGUGGGUCUUCGGACAGGUAGGCGCUGUCAAGGGUUGUUGGACGGGUGUUGUUGAAGGUUUGAAGCGCGCUGAUGCGAUGGAGGUGCUUUUGCAAGGUAUUCGGGGGUUGUCGGCUGCUUUGGAAGCUGGGAUCCAUCCAGCUGCUUUACGCGAGAGUAUAUCCUCGCCUCGUGGUUGCACAACUUAG